AUGGGAUUGUUCAACGUCACCCACCCUGAUUCCUUCCUCCUAACUGGUAUCCCUGAUCUGGAGAGCUCUCAUUCCUGGCUAGCAGGGCCCCUCUGUGUGAUGUAUGCUGUGUCCCUUGUGGGCAACACAGUGAUCCUGAAGGCAGUGCAAGGGGAGCCUAGUCUCCAUGAGCCCAUGUACUACUUCCUGUCCAUACUGUCCUUCAGCGACAUGGCCAUGUCCAUGGCCACAAUGCCCACUGUACUCAGAACCUUCUGCCUCAAUGCCCGAGACAUCACUUUUAAUGCCUGCCUAGUCCAGAUGUUUCUCAUUCAUUCCUUCUCUAUGAUGGAGUCGGGGAUUCUGCUGGCCAUGAGCUUUGACCGCUAUGUGGCCAUUUGUGAUCCCUUGCACUAUGCCACCGUGCUCACUAAUGAAGUCAUUGCUGGAAUGGGCUUAGCUGUGACUGCUCGGAGCUUCAUCAGCCUCUUUCCUCUUCCCUUCCUCAUCAAGAGGCUGCCUUUCUGCAGAUCCAAUGUUCUUUCCCACUCUUACUGCCUGCACCCAGACAUGAUGAAGCUGGCCUGUGCUGAUAUCACUAUCAACAGCAUCUAUGGACUCUUUGUUCUUGUAUCCACCUUUGGCAUGGACCUAUUUUUUAUCUUCUUCUCUUAUGUGCUCAUUCUGCACUCAGUCAUGGCCAUUGCCUCCAGUGAGGAACGCUUCAAAGCACUGAACACAUGUGUGUCACAUAUCUUGGCUGUACUUGCAUUUUAUGUGCCAAUGAUUGGGGUCUCCACAGUGCAUCGCUUUGGAAAACAUGCUCCACGCUACAUACAUGUCCUCAUGUCCAAUGUUUACCUCUUUGUACCUCCUGUGCUAAACCCUCUCAUUUAUAGCGUUAAGACAAAGGAGAUCCGCAGAGCCAUUGUCCGUAUGUUUCGCCAGAUCAAAAUGUGA